AUGUCUAACGACCAGGAACGAGUGCACAACCGGAUGGCUGGAUCUGAGGAAACAUUGUACGGGACAAAUACACCGCAUAAUCAUUCCGUAGAGAAAGUGCCUACUGGUAGUACUGAUAAGAGUAAAGUGCGCAAGGACGAAGAAUUAUCAAAUCUUUCGGACAUAGCCCUCGUCAAUUAUCAAAAGACGGACGAUGAACUCAACGAUGUUCCCACACAAGUCAAAUCCAGUGAAGUACUGGCACCAGAAACCGAUUUAGAUGCAGGCAUCAUUGGUUGGGAUGGCCAGGACGAUCCAAAUAACCCUCAAAACUUUCCUCCGAGCCGGAAAUGGCUUCUUCUAGGACUGAUAUCAAGCAUUACUGUUGUCAGUCCUCUGGCAUCUUCUAUGGUUGCCCCCGGUGUGCCUUAUAUCGAAAAGACAUUCAAUAACCAUAACGAUACAUUAAGUACCUUUACUGUUACUGUCUUCCUUCUAGGCAUUGUGUUUGGACCACUUUUCUUAUCGCCAUUGUCGGAGAUUUAUGGAAGACGCCCUGUACUCUGUGCAUCCAACAUUUUCUUCUGUCUCUUUCAAAUAGGCUGCGCUCUUGCUCCUAACCUCACCGCGCUUAUAAUAUUUCGUUUCUUUGCAGGCGUUGGUGGUUCCGGAUGUUUGGCACUCGGUGGUGGCGUGAUCGCUGAUCUCUUUCGACGGGAACAACGUGGAGCAGCUUCAGCAGCUUAUACGAUCGGUCCUUUGUUUGGACCUGUCAUAGGGCCCAUAUGCGGUGGCUUCAUAGCCGAAAGGGUCGGCUGGCAUUGGAUCUUUUGGGCCAUAUUCUGUGCGGCCACAGUGACGACAAUCGGUAUCGAAAUAUUCAACCGCGAGACUUAUCCUCCUGUUCUGAUGCGAAGAAAAACUCAGAAGCUCCGUAUAGAGCUUAAUCGCCCUGAACUACUGUCCUGCUAUGAUCUAGGAGGUGAUCCUGACACCAAGACAGUUCUCCUUAAUGGCCUUCUUCGACCACUGAAAAUGUUGUUCCUGUCACCAAUCGUUUUCAUACUUUCACUAUACAUAUGCUUUGCCUACAGUCUAUUGUACCUUUUAUUUACAACAAUCACCCCGGUAUUUCAAGAAACAUAUGGAUGGAGUGUAGGUCUCUGUGGCCUCGCAUAUAUCGGCAUCGGCAUUGGUUUCUUCUCCGGUCUAGCUCUCGUAACCAAGAUCUCCGACGCAACCGUAAUUCGCAUGACCGCCGCCAACAACGGAAUCUUUGAGCCGGAAAUGCGUUUACCAGCCUGUCUCUUCUUUUCGUUCUUCAUCCCUAUCACCUUUUUCUGGUAUGGAUGGUCGGCUGAUAAACAUGCUCAUUGGAUUAUCCCGGUUAUAGGUCUGAUACCUUUUGGAUUUGGGAUGAUGGGAGUUUUUAUUCCGAUUCAGACAUAUAUCAUUGAUAGUUUUCCGUUAUUUGCUGCAAGUGCAACGGCGGCGAUGACGGCUAGUCGGAGUCUUUUCGGGGCGGUGUUACCGCUGGCUGCACCAAGUAUUUAUGCGAAGUUGGGCCUGGGAUGGGGAAAUACUAUGUUGGGAUUCAUUGCAGUGGCGAUGAUUCCGGCGACGGGAUUGAUCUAUAGAUAUGGAGGGCAGAUCAGAAAGAGGUUUCCACUUAAUCUUUGA